AUGGAUCUUCUCAAAGGAAUCAAACGAAGGCCUCCUGCCCGCAAACCUCGCCAGCACCUGGCAGUCAUGUCUGCGCCUAGGCCGCCUAGGCCGCCUAGAUCACCCAUCCCUGAUGAGUCGGAAUACUUCGAUAGCGAGGACUCCGACGAGGACAUGACACCCACCUCCAACUUUGAAGCUGCUGGCCGAUGGAUCAAUCAAGGGCUGAAGUUCCCGGACCAGCGACCGCUCCCAAAUGAUCUGCACCAGCUUUGCAUUGGUGUUACCACCGUGCCGGCCAACAUUCUAACACGUCUCCUACCAUCUGACAAUAUAUCUGUAACAGAUCUAAUCAAAUUUCGCCUCCCCAAAAUUGGCCAAUGGCCCUUUUCAGAGAAAAUAACGUUUCAAGAAGACCCGCCUGGAGGCAAGUUGUAUAUUCGAUCAGAAAUACCUCCCGAGCCAUACGUUGAGGAGCUCCGCAAGAAGUUCGGUCAAGCGAUGUUGGACGGGAAGAUCUCCAUGCGCGAUCCUCGCACCCCUGAUGCCAGACUACCUCUGUGGGUGAUUGAGUUCUGGUGGGCGUUGCACUGCGUACACAAUAGCAGGAGAGAAUGGUCGGAGGGAAUGGAUUGGAUACGGGAGAAACAGGAAGCGGGUUACCAUCAUCAGGUCUUUCGCGAUGUAACGCGGCAGCUGGACAUUCUGCCUUGGAAUACGUCACUAAACGGCCCAGCCGCGGUCGCUGGCAGAACCACCAGGCAACUUCUUCGGUUUCUAUCCGAUGAUGAGUGGCUGUCAGACACUCUUGUUGAUAUGAUGGCAGCCUAUCUGGUCUCUCAGUUGUCUACGAAACGACAUAAUGCCAUCAUCGCCGAUACCGGUUUCGGCGAUGCCAUCUGCAGCGCUAACGAUAUCUCAUAUCAUAACCGGCCGCAUCGCCAACUACAGAAAUUCGAACAGAGUGCGAGGACGCAUAGACGUCUUUAUGCUCCAGUGUAUACGAAGGGCCAUUUCGUUGCGUUUGAAAUUGACUUUCAAACACGAUCUUUCAGAUGGGGGGAUUCUCUGAAUUCCAAACAGCACGCGCUAGAGCAAUUCGUUGAGAAACUCCAAUGGUGGUUCCAUGCGCGCUUCAGUGGAGAAUUUCGCAAUGGCGGACCUAACUUACCCCAUGACCAUCAAAAGGAUCGUACUUCAUGCGCGCUAUUUGCAAUCAACACCAUUGAACACAACGUCUUUGGAAAUACGCUUGGCGUCGCCCACCCCGCCCGCGAGCGAGCCAGGUGGUUCUUUUUGACAGCGGAGAGUCAGAUUAAUGGAUCUGCAGAACCAUCGCACACCAACCAUCCCAAUACUAACGCCUUGCCGUUGGGCGAACGUGCCCUCCAUGGACAUGCCGGACCAUCGCACGCCAACCAUCCGAAUACCAAUGCCUUGCCGUUGGGCGAACGCGCACUGAAGCCGCAGGCAGAGGAACGCACACGUCGUAUCCAGGAAAAAGCUAUAAUAUUUUUAGAGAAACAAAAGCAGGAAAAGGUGCAGCAGGAACUGGCGGAAACGGAAAGGAUUGAUCGCGAACGGAUUGCUCAUGGGAAAGCAGAGACGGUCAGGAUGGAGCUCGGCAGGCUCGAGCGCCAGUCUCACGAGAGGGCCCGGCGAGAGAAGGAAGGGUUGGAAAUGCUCCACCAGGACCCUCGGGCGCACGUGAAUAAUGAUAUUGAAGAUAUUCAGAUGCACGAUGUGGACGCGCGCGUUACUAGUAUGAUCAUACCGCCUGAAGACCAGUCCAUGAGGCUCAAACCUGCUGAGGAGCUAAACUACCCCCCUCCUGCCCCUUCAUCACUUGUUCCUGCGGCCUCAUCGCCAGCAUCGCCUCUUACAGGCGCAUCAUUUGCGGGCUUUAACCAGAUGAACCACCCCCCCGCUGACACAACAAAAACUCGCUGGUUCAUGGAGCGCCUGGGGCAGUUUGACAUCCCGGAUAGUGUUGACUUAAAGUUCAUCAAGCACCCCGACUAUCCUUCCCUGCGCGUCGUCUCUCACGGUCGAUUAGUAGUCUCGAAGCGGACUGAAGUCAGACUACGUUUGUGGAGAGCCCAAUAUCCGGAUGUACCGCUCUGGUAUCUAGGCAUUCGUUGUCUGUCCAGAGGGCUUGAUUGGCAGGUGUUUGUUCCUGCUCCCAGGCCAGUUGCCUUCGUAUCUCGCCCCACCCAUCUCAACGUCCGGCAUGCACCGCUGUAUUCACAAGGGGAUGUCUUUCAUGAAUAUCACGCUCGGGUCCGGGCCAUGCUUAAUCUUCCGUUCGCACGUCGGUUUCUUAGCAUGGGCGGCAUUGCCUGGCGCAUUGCAUUGCACUAUGGACCUGAAAGUCUGUUUGCCGCCGCCCUGUCGGGCCCGUCCACUGACGCUUGCCUGCACGGUCAUGCACGUCACAUUGGUGGAGACAUCGACGACAUGGUGACCGACCACGAUGUGGCUCUUCUCUUAGGCGCCACUGACAGCAGUAGUCUAUGGCCUCCCGUAGAUGUAUUUGAAAGGUACGAGAAGUGGCAAGGGGAGUGGUCUCAUGAGUGGGAGGCAUGGUUCCAAAAACGUCUUCAGGGAAUCCGAAGUGGCGACAAGGAUCUUUUCCUAACCCGUCAAAGGUGGAUCAAACACCGUCGUCGAUAUACUGCAAGGGAGUACAAUGAUCCUGCACAAGUCGGAUCUGACGGUCAUGCAGCAGGAUUGGUCGCUACCAUAUCUCUCUCGAUCGUUUGGAUCUCCCACCCCUGGUUCCCUCAGCCCUGUCGGUCCGUCAAAGCCAAGUUGCGAGUCUGUCGCCAUGGCCUUGCGCUAACCCGUCCGCCAUCCCCAUGUGAUAUGGCUGACACGUUUGCCGGGACGAUCGACAAUAUUCCUUACUCGAUACCCAUGCGGGGCUCGGGGCUACAGGGGAGAAGGUCUGGGAUGCCUAGGAAUUGGUUGCCGGCCGCUCAGAGGGCGCGAAAGAAAAAAAGAGAUUAUAUAGGGGACUGUAUGAAAAACCCCAAAGGAAAUAAGGGGAGAGGGGGAGGGCACAUCGAAACGCUAUUGCGUCGCCUGCAGGCGUGCUUCAAGAAGCUAUCGCAAUGGCCACAGCGCUCGAAGAGCACGCCGAUUAACAUGGGCUGGCUACCCCGCCUACGCGUUCGACGUCCCGCUGGAUAG